AUGAGACCCACCGCGCGUCGCCAACCCAAAGACUCCUUCAUUCCCCCGCCACCACCAACUCCGGUCGACUUCCACCACCGCCAGUAUCCCGCCCGCGACUCCGACGCCAGCAGUCGCCCAUCCUCCGUCGACGUCGGCGGACGCCCCACCCUCGACCUCUACAAAGACCGCUCGUUCCAGCAAUCGGUGGUUUCCACCAUCAACUCCUUCCUCUCCUCCCACAACUUCUCAGUCACCUUCAAAACCACCUCCCCCUCCGCAAAAGACAUCCUCGAAACCCUAAAAUUCCUCCUCUCCCUCCUCGAUUUCCCCUUCUCCAAACUCGAAGAGGAUCUUCCUUUCCUUCUCAAACGUCUCAAUUACCCUUUCAAACUCAACAAAUCAAUUCUCCGGUCCCCCGCCGCGCCUCACCAAUGGCCAACCUUCCUCGCUCUCAUCCACUGGCUUGUCCAGAUCGCCAAAUUCCACUCCCACAUCUCUUCUUCCCCAAAACAGCACAACGCCAUCUACCAAUACACUGUCAACAGCUACAUGCACUACAUCCGCGGCGACGACGAUGCUGUCGAGGAACUUGACUGCAGCAUCCGGGAGAAGAUCCACCACCAGACGGCCGCGGCACAGGACCGCCUCGACGCGGUGAGGCACUCUGCCGCGGAGCUGAAGGCCGAGCUCGAGCGGCUCCGGACAGCGCCCUCGCCGAAGGAUGCACUGGAGAAGGAGAAGGCAAUUCUGGAGAACGACGAAAAGAAGUUCCACAAGAUGAUCGAUGAACUAUCGUCGCGAAUCGAGCAGGCGGAGAAGGUUGUCGCGGAGAAGGAGAAGCAGGUGGAGGCCAAGGAGGCGGAGAGUGAGAGGAUCUGCGAGGAGAACGAGGAGCUGAAGCGGCGCGUGGAGGCGCAGACGUUCAAUGCAAGGGACGUGGACAGAAUGAAGAGAGAAUUACAGGCGGUGGAGAGGGACAUUGCGGAGGCUGAGCUCGCGAGGAAUGCGUGGGAAGAGAAGGCGUGGGAUCUCGACACCACUAUCUCGCACAAAAUCAACGACCUAGAAGCUCUCGCUCUGGACUGCAAUCAAGCCCUUAGGAGGUUGAAGAUUGGGAAUGGAAUUCAAUAUGUCUUGAAUGGCAAGGGGACUACUCCUGCUGAGAUAAUGGGGAUUGAUCACAAACUCAUGCUGAAGCCUGCGCUUAGAUCCUUUGCUGAUGAAAUAAAAAAAAGUUCUUUGGAAAAACUGGAGGAGUCCAUUUCUUAUCAGCAAAAGUCGGGUGAAAAUGCGGUGAGGCUUGAGGGGAGAAGAAAUCAGCUAGCAGCAGUGCAGUUACGCAUUGAUGAAAUGGAAUCUCAACUGAACAUGAGAAAGAAGGAAACACAGGAAUACACAAGUAGAUGUUAUGCUGAAGCUAAGAAAAUGUUGGAGGAUGUCCAGCUAACAGAUCAUGAAAUCGACAUUAUGGAAAGAGAGGCAGCAGAGGUUCUCAAGACAUCCGAACUGAAUUUGCAGGAAAUGAUUAAACAAAGUGAAGAAGAAAUAAAAAUGCGUGCCAGCGAACACUUUCAAUUGGUUGAUUCAAUCUCAAAAUUCAAAGAAUAUGUGGGGUCCAAAAUGUCAGAGAUAAGGAGGCCGCUAUCAGAAACUGCAGCUGCAGUCUCAGUUCAGUUGCGUGUAGGGGAGAGUACCAUGAUUAUGAUUUUUGAUGGCCUUCUUCCAUUCUGUGUUCUCACCCACCGUCUCCACGACCUAGGCAUACAUACACUACGAACUGAUUCAUGUCAUGUUACUCGCUUAGAUUCAAUUCACAAGAAUCAGAGAUCCUUUGUGGAAAUCUAUAUGCCAAAUAUCUCAUUCGCCUUUUCUAAUGGUGCAGCCUCAAAUUUUCUACGACUCAGGCAUACACUACCAACAUUUGUGCUGUGGUUUUGA